AUGCAUACACAGAGUACAACAAACUUAAACAAACCGUGUAUUGACAAUAUGCCGGUGAAGAUUGCAAUAACUGGUACAUCGGGAAGCGGAAAAUCAAUGUUAAUUAACACACUUCGAGGUCUGAGUCCAAAUGACGUUGGCGCCGCUGCUAUAGGUCCAACAGAAACAACAAUGGAAAUCCAGAGAUAUUCACAUCCGAAGAAGAAAAAUUUGAAAUUUUAUGAUUUAACGGGGGUUGGCACACCGAAUUUUCCAAAAGAAAACUACUUGAAAUUGGUUAAUUACCAGAAGUAUGACUUCUUCAUUAUUGUCAGCAUUGACGAAGAUCUAGUUAAUGAGAAACGUGAUCAUCCAGAGACUUUCAAUGAAGAAAAAAUUUUACAGAAAAUUAAACAGGAAUGUCUUAAAUAUAUCAAAAGAGUUGAUUCCACAGCAAAAGUUUUUGUCAUUUCCGGUCUUCUCGAAAAUACACGAAGGUUUGACUACGCGCUAAUGGAACGAACAUUAAUCGAAUCAUUUCCAAUUUACAAACGACAAGCCAUGAUUAUGUCAAUGACAAUGACCAACAAAGAAGGAAUUAAAGCAAAAGUCGAAGCCUUACGAUCAAGAGUAUGGAUGAUUGGUUUGCUUAGCGCAGGAGUAUGUACCAUUCCAGUUCCAGUCUUCGGUCUGUCAUUGCUAAUUGAUUAUAUCUUGAUAAGCGACACCAUAGCUGAGUAUAGAGAUCAUCUGGGUCUAGAUGACGUGUCUUUACAAAAGCUGGCAAGACGUCAAAACUUGUCCUUAGAUGAAAGUUAUGCAAAACUUACAGGCAAAUGGAUGUUUGGCUUACUCAAAAAUAGUGUGAAACAAAUUCUGUUUGACUUCUCCAAAGAGCGCACUACAAAAACGAUUAUCGAAGAAUCCGCUCAAUUUAUUCCAGUAGUUGGAUGA